AUGCUCUCUUCCAGAAGUGCACGAUUUUUCUCCUUAUCCGCUCUGCUUGUCGACAACAAUGGAAUUUGCCAAACGGAAAAUGGCGUGCCAGUUUGUAAGUGUGAAGGCGUUUUUACUGGGGAAUUGUGUCAAGAUGUUCAUGUAUGUGAUGAUAACUUUAUUUGUGACGAAGGCGGUGUUUGUCUUAAUAAUGGAAGGACAGGAAUCUGCUACUACAACAACCAAAACAAUAAAUUUACAACAAACACAUCAGUCGUAGUUGUUCUCAUAGUUAUGCUUGUGCUAAGCGCUGUCAUGAAUAUUGUUGGAAUCGCUUAUAUUGUAUGUAAAAGAUAUAAUCAACGAACGAAUAAAAAAGGAAGUGAUUCAAUAAACAUGGAAGUUAGGAAAAACGGUCGAGAAUAUGACGAAGUUAUUGUAAAUACAAUUAACACAGGAGCUGGAGCAGAUUUACAAAAUCAGAAUCGAACACAAGCCACUCAAUCGCUACGUCUAAAAAAGACUGAAACAAAGGCUCAAGCCGAGAAAGAUUUGCCUUACGAAAUACCACAUAUAUAUAUGUCAAUAGAUGCUGCAUACACAGACUUAAAAAAGUAAUUACUUUACCGCAAGCACGUGGUACGGUAACAACUAAUUUUUGUAUUUUAUUAUGAAUUUAUUAUUAUAGUCGAUGUCCUUUUUUAGCUUUAGUAUGAUAUGCGUAUCAUUACAUACACGCCUAGACCUUUAU